GCAGCCAGUUCUGUCUGGAGCGAUCAAAUCUAUGUUUUCCCCUGAUCCCGGACGCUAUUCCAGAGGAUUUUUUUAAAGUAAAUAAUAGCAACCAAUUUUUUUUGUAAACAAAUAAUGCAAGAGCUUGAUAUUGUUAAAGGAUUUUAUGCUGUUCCCAAUAGUUAUGUUAUGGUUAAAAGUUAUUUGCAAAGAAAAUAGAAGGCGAUAAUAUCCAGGAAUGAUAAAGCAUAUGGAUAAAUUUCUGCUCUACUUUUGAGUUUUGAUUGCAAGAGCAUUUAUAUUCGGAAAAAAUGAAGGUGAGACUUAUAUCCCCACCCCAAACUAAUAACACAACACAAAAUAUUUAGCCAUUGCUUUUGUUCUACUCAUUUCGGCAAAACGGAUUUGCUAAAAAUAGAGCAAUAUUUAAAAUUUUAUUAUUUAUCCAGCGAGAAAAACCAAUUUAUUUCCAAAAAUCAUGAAUUUAAUGAAACUUCUGAAUAAACUACAUUUCUAAAUAACUCCUCUAUUUAUAAAAUAACUUUUCUGCUCCUGUUAUUAAUGAAAAAUGUAUGUUUUUUAUCCUUUUUCGAAAUUAGAUAAGUGUUAGCUUGUUUGAUGGAAAACAACAGAGGGUCAAUAGACUAUUUCCCCCCGAAACUGUGGAAGUGCAUAGAAUUUACAUCCUUUUUUUAACGAACGCUCUGAUUGCUUUAGAAACUGUUCCUUUCCAAAAACGUCCGGUAAUUGUUUUCCAAAAGUAGAUUUCAUAGUCUAGUCAGAUCCUCACAAAAUAUGCCAUGUUUGACUUUGUAAUUGUAAGUUAAUAUCAUUAUGCAUUUUAAGUUGAGACUUUUGCAGAAGAAUGACUCUAUUUCACUUCUUCAUUUACUACAAAAGUUGAAAGAAGACUUAAGAAGUUUUACUUACCUUUUAAGUUUGCAUUAGACGCAUUGAUAACAUACUUGGAAACUGUACAUUUGAACAGUCUCAGCUCAGAACAAAGAGUGUAGUUAAUACGGAAAAUUGAAAAAUUUAAUUAAUAUGCGUGAACAUCAUUUACUCCAACGAACAUCAAGGCUUUAGGUAGUUUUUUAGUGGAGAAAGAGGAAAGUAAUUACAACAAACGUGAUCUUUGUUUGGUAUUUAUAAUUCAGUCGACGUUUCCAAGCUGUGAUACUUUUAAUUUUUCAUCUUAAAUAAUAAUUCCUUGUUAAUUAAACUUGUUCUCUUGAAAAUGCACAUCGGCGAAAUGUUAACAAUGUUGAGUUAGCGCCUACCUAAAGCAUGGGAGCCACUGUUGGAAAAGGAGCUGCUCUUCUAGAAAGUCUUCCUCCAAAUCAAAGUCUACAUAUUGUAAUGCUAGGCUUAGACUCGGCGGGCAAGACAACAGCACUUUACCGUCUAAAAUUUGAUCAGUACCUAAAUACAGUGCCAACAAUUGGAUUCAACUGUGAAAAAAUUAAAGGAACCACUGGGAAAGCUAAGGGAACAAGUUUUCUUAUUUGGGACGUAGGAGGACAAGACAAACUCAGACCUCUGUGGCGAUCUUACACGAGAUGUACUGACGGAAUAGUUUUUGUACUGGACAGUGUUGAUGAAGAAAGACUAGAAGAAGCUAGAAUGGAGUUGAUGAGGAUGGCCAAAGCACCUGAAAAUCUUGGUGUGCCCGUUUUAGUGCUUGCCAAUAAACAAGACUUACCUGGUGCAAAGGAUGCCAAGGAAAUUGAAAAAGUUUUGGGACUGAGUGUUGAACUUGGAGCAGCACAUUUGUGGCACGUGCAGCCAUCCUGCGCUAUUAUUGGCGAUGGACUGGAAGAAGGUCUAGAGAUAUUAUAUGAAAUGAUUUUAAAGAGACGUCGGCAAUUAAAGCAAGCUAAGAAGAAGUUUAUUUAAGUGUGUAAUUCGUUGCUCAUAACAGCUGGCGCUGUUAUGGUUUUAUGUUUCAUUUCCAUGCUUUUGGCUUUCUGGAUAAAUUUUAAUGAAAUUUCUUAGAUGGUGAGCAUAUUUUUUAAUAUUUUAAAAAAUUAAGCAUAUACAAGCUUUCUGUAAAUCAUACAUGAAUGUUGAUAUUUUUAACCAUUUUCGUGUCCUCGCAUGUUAUGUAAUAAAAUCAUAAAGUUGCGAAAGGUCUUAAACUCAUGAAUAAAUCACAAUUUUAUAAUUUAACAUCACAAACAGUUUAAAGAAAA